UGUGUUUUGCUUGUUGGCUUGUUAGGUGUUCCCGAGAAGCCACAAAUUACUGGAUUUACCUCACCAGUUAUGGAGGGAGAGAGGAUGCAGCUGACUUGCAAGACGUCCGGUAGUAAACCAGCAGCUGAUAUCAGAUGGUUCAAGAAUGAUAAAGAAGUUAAAGAUGUUAAAUAUUUAAAAGAAGAAGAUGCAAAUCGUAAAACAUUCACAGUCAGCAGCACGCUGGAUUUCUUAGCAGAUCGCAGUGAUGAUGGUGCAGUUGUAAGUUGCAGAGUAGAUCAUGAGUCCCUAAACUCUACACCUCAGAUAGCAAUGCAGGUUCUAGAAAUACACUAUACACCUUUAGUUAAAAUAAUUUCUUCCAAUUCAUGGCCUGAAGAAGGACAAUCUAUAAUUUUGACUUGUGAAUCCAAAGGAAAACCAGUGCCAGAACCAGUACUGUGGACAAAGGACGGUGGAGAACUACCGGAUCCAGAGAGAAUGGUUGUCAAUGGCAGGGUCCUAAGCAUCAGUUUCCUAAACAAAACAGACAAUGGCACAUACCGAUGUGAAGCAAAAAAUCCUAUUGGCCGAAACAGCACAGAAUAUGUCCUGAUAGUACAUGAUGUUUUCAACACUUUGCUUCCCACUACUGUCAUCCCCUCCCUUACCACUGCAACAGUCACAACCACUGUAGCCUUAACCACCAGCACAACCACAUCGGCAACAGCCAUCGGCACCAGAGAUCCAAAUGCUUUGGCUGGACAGACUGGACCUGACCACGCUCUUAUAGGAGGAAUAGUGGCUGUAGUUGUCUUUGUAACGCUAUGUUCUAUAAUUCUCCUUGGUCGAUACCUGGCAAGACAUAAAGGAACAUAUUUAACAAAUGAAGCAAAAGGAGCUGAAGAUGCACCUGAUGCCGACACUGCCAUUAUCAAUGCAGAGGGCAGCCAAGUCAAUGCAGAGGAGAAAAAAGAGUAUUUCAUUUAGAUGCAGAGCUAGAGUCUUGGAGUUUUACUUAUCAGGCUGACUGCUGGAGAAAACUGGCUAUCAUUUCUCAGAAUUCAUUUCUGCCAUCUUCUGCUAUCUUUAUUAACUCACAUACCUGCUAUAAGUAGCCAGUUUAUGCCAACAAUCAGCUGUUGACAUCAUCAUUCUAUAAUUACAGUAUCAUGCGUAAAGCAGGACAUUUCUUAUUGCCUAAAAUUCAUAUCCACUGCUCUCUUAACAUACAGUGCUUGAAUAUACAGCCUUAACAAUGUUAAUCAUCAUCUUAAUCCAAGUUUUCUGCAUUUUUAAAUGUUAUGCAGCUUUCUUCUUUUUCAGUUUUGUUUUGUCAUGUCCCUACUAGUGUGUCAUAGAACAAUAUUCAUAACAAAUACUAUUAGGUAAGGACCUAAUUUACUUACAUAAAAUGUUAAGUCUAAGAUUAGAAGUUUACAAAGAAUGUUUUAUACAUGUCUAUCUAUAAUUCAAAAAGCAACUUGUUUCUGAAACAUAUGCCCUAGGAAACACAAGCUGAAAUCUUUUUAGGAUAGUUUCUUGUAUGCUUGGGUUUGGUGGAAAAAAAACUAUCAGUCCUCUGAAUUUUUUGUUUUGUUUUGCUUUAUUUUAUUAUGUUUUAAAUGGUACCUUGACAACAGUGCCAUGUUUCAGUGGUAAAAACAUGCUGAAUAGCUAUACAGAUUCUGCAAAGUUAGACAAUAAUGCUUCAUUUAAAACAAAUUUGUCCUGCCCUUUUACUGCUUUUUGGUAUCGCAAAGAUUAGAGAUCUUUCUGAGUAAUUUCUGUUCUUAUAAUUUAUUUGCUUCACAUGAACUCACCUGCCUACUCAAAUUUGAAGCAUUCAUGGGACACAACUGCAAGUCAUUUUAGUAUCUGUAUAUAGCGCAUAUAAUAAAUUCAAUUAAACAUUAUUUGAUACAUAUUUAACUUUUUUGGCGGUAGCUAAGUCAGUCACAAGUAAGCAUUUUCUAAUGUCCAUUAUAUCCCUUUAGAUAUGACUCAAAUCAAUAUUCUGAGUAGAUAACAUGUAUUAGUAUUUUUUUGUCUGUAUGUCCUAGCACUGUUCAGCAGCAAACUUUUCUAGUUCUUGUUAAUUUUUUCUUUGUUAUACAAUGGAAGCACAAUGUUAUAUGGAAAGGUAGUUUUAAGCUAACAACCAGUGCACAGCCUCAGGUUUUAAAUUACAACCACAUUUGAUUACUAUCCUUAAAAAAUACUAUUGAGUUGCUAAAAUUCUCAAUUUUUAAUUUGGCAGUUCCAGAGCUGCUUCUCUAUGUUGGUUUGCCAAAAAAAAAAAAAAAAGAAAAAAGAAAAAAAAAAAAAGAAAAAAAUAGAAGUGUUAAAACAAAAGAUAUAUGUUUUGUGUAUACAGUAAAUGGACUAAUUCUUUAUAUUAAAUUCCUGUCUAUGCAUUUUGUGAGGUACAAACUUAUGUCACCGUGAAUGAUAGAGAAUUCCUGCCAUGCUUUUAGCUCCACAGUGAAAGUCUCUGUUUGGAUUAUUUCUGAUUUUUUUUUGUGUAAUUGACAGCUGAAAAAUCACACGCUCUUAAAUAUGACAACAAAACACUGUAAGCCCAUCGGCUUAUUUCCUCUUCCAAUGAAAUAAAAAGGUUGCCAUAACAGCUCUUGGAAAUGAUUCUACACUGGAGAACGCAAGUUAGUCUAGCUGAAGCGUGUCUUGCUCCUAAGUUUUGCACCUUUGGCAAAAGAAUAUUUCUCUCUGGUUGCUGUACUUGUGAAGCCUAAAAGCAUGAUGGUCUGCUGUAACAGACUUUCUCCUGGGAUUUUAUUUUUAUGUGGGGAAGAGAGAGAGUUUGGAAUAUGACAUCAUGUAGUGUGGUAAAAUGGAAGAUAAGGUGCCGUGUCAGAUUAUUUAUCAGAAGAGUAUAAAGCUUUUAAGGACAAUAUUAGAGUAUUUUAAUUGUUUUUGUUGAAACAUUUAUCUUGUUAAUUUCUAAGACAAAAGGGUGACGUCAAUCAAAGCAGCACUUUUUUUCAAAAUAUACAGACAUAAAUAAUAUGAUGUGGUUGAGUGUUAACAUAAUAAAUCAUAUACAGUAUGACAUUUUAAAGAAA